UCCACUUAAUCCCGAUGCUGUUUUGAAGAAGUUGCCAGCAAGACGGCUCUAAGACAAUGUCAAGGAACAUAUUGAUAGUGCGUUAUUGCGGUAUUUGAAGCAGACUAGAUCAGCAGAUAUACUCAGCAAACCAAAAAGAUUCAAGAAGAUGUUACAAAUUACUCCUGGAAAAUCCGUCUUUUAUGAAGAAUUGUUCCCCAGCGAAAGCCAGAGCAAUGAAGAUGAAUCUUCAGAAGACGACAUGGUAUCAUUAUCUGACAGUGGAGAAGAGGAAACACCAAUGGAGGCACAACUUCAAGAUGACAAUCUUAGUGACACCUCAAAUAAUAAUGGAGAGGCUGCAGAACGGCAAAGCAAAAUUAUCAUUGGUAGUUUUGUCCUUGUACAGUUUGUCACGAAGAAAACGUGCAAACACUUUGUUGGUGAAGUCGUAAACAUUAUGGAAGACGAUCACAACGUCAAGUUUAUGCGAAAAUGUUUCAAAAAUGGAUUUGUUUUUCCCCAGGUCGAUGAUAUUUCCCUGGUGAAAGAACAGGACAUCAUAAAGCAUUUGGAAACUCCUUCGGUAAUGAGAAGAGGGAUUUAUCGCUUCCACUAUGAUUUGAGUAGCUAUCUGUAAAUUAGUACCUAAUAAGAUUAAGUUUCUACCUACCAAGGAAUCCUAUUUGUUUUUUAUUUAAGAAUGUUUUUUAGUUUGAUAAAAGAGUUAAUAUUUUGUUAUUUUUUUCUAAAUGAAGCAUUUUCCUUAGUUCUUGGCUGUUUUUUAAAUCAAAAUUUUUUUUUUACAAUUUCCCAGGCAAGUAGAAGGUUUUUAAAAACUUCUUUGGGGUGCAAAGCCUCCCUGAAGGCGUGUUUUACUGCGUUUCCAUCACAAACUCACCUUCGUGCAAAAUGACACUACUGGCGGGUGACUUUGCAUACGAUUUAAAAAAAUAAAAAAAUAUAGAUUUCAA